AUGUCCGCCAAAUCUAUUUUCGAGGCCGAUGGAAAGGCCAUCCUCAACUACCAUCUCACUCGCGCUCCCGUCAUCAAGCCCACCCCGCUUCCUCGCGCUGCUACUCACAACCCUCCUCCCAAGCUCGCUUCCCUCUAUUUCCCUGAGGAUGCCGACGUCAAUGGAAUCCUCGACCAGGCCGAGGCCACAUACCCUUGGUUGCUCGCCAAAGACGCCAGAUUCGUCGCUAAGCCAGAUCAGUUGAUCAAGCGUCGAGGCAAGAGCGGUCUCCUCGCCCUCAACAAGACCUGGGCCGAGGCUCGUGCUUGGAUUGCAGAACGCGCUGGCAAGGAGCAACAGGUUGAGCACAUCAAGGGUUACCUCCGCCAAUUCUUGGUCGAGCCAUUUGUUCCUCACCCUCAAGAUACCGAAUACUACAUUAACAUCAACUCUGUGCGAGAGGGUGACUGGAUUCUCUUCACUCACGAAGGUGGUGUCGACGUCGGUGAUGUCGAUGCCAAGGCUGAGAAGAUCUUGAUCCCCGUUAACCUCAAAAACUUCCCCUCCAACGAAGAGAUUGCAGCUACUUUGUUGAAGAAGGUGCCUUCUGGCAUUCACAAUGUCUUGGUUGACUUCAUCUCUCGUCUGUACGCUGUCUACGUUGACUGCCAAUUCACUUACCUCGAGAUCAACCCUCUCGUCGUUAUCCCCAACACCACUGCCACCUCUGCCGAGGUUCACUUCCUCGACUUGGCUGCCAAGCUCGACCAGACUGCUGAGUUCGAGUGUGGUACCAAGUGGGCUAUUGCUCGCAGCCCUGCUGCUCUUGGUUUGCCUGCUCCCAGGGGUGACGGCAAGGUUAACGUUGAUGCUGGUCCCCCAAUGGAAUUCCCCGCUCCUUUCGGUCGUGAACUCAGCAAGGAGGAGAAAUUCAUCUCUGACAUGGACGCCAAGACUGGUGCUUCCCUCAAGUUGACUGUCCUGAAUGCCAAUGGCCGUAUCUGGACCUUGGUCGCUGGUGGUGGUGCCUCCGUCGUCUACGCCGAUGCUAUUGCAUCUGCUGGUUUCGUUAGCGAGCUGGCCAACUACGGUGAAUACUCUGGUGCUCCCACUGAGACUCAGACUUUCAACUACGCCCGCACAGUCUUGGACCUGAUGCUUCGCGCUCCUCAACGCCCCGAAGGAAAGGUUCUCUUCAUCGGUGGUGGUAUUGCCAACUUCACCAACGUUGCUUCGACCUUCAAGGGCGUGAUUCGCGCUCUCCGGGAGGUCGCUUCCACCCUCAACGAGCACAAGGUCCAGAUCUGGGUUCGUCGUGCUGGUCCUAACUACCAAGAAGGUCUUAAGAAUAUCAAGGCUGUUGGUGAGGAAUUGGGACUUGACAUGCACGUUUACGGACCUGAUAUGCACGUCAGUGGUAUUGUUCCUCUUGCCUUGAGCGGCAAGACGACCGAUAUCAAGGAAUUCGGUGCUUAG